AUGGAGAAGCUUGGCAAGGAGGGACCCUCCAAACGGCCGCGGCCCGACAGCCCGGCCGACGGGUUCCACACCCCCGAAAAGCAGGUCUCCGCCUGGCGGGAUGCGGACCCCGACCACGUCCACCCCCGUUCCUGGGGGACCGAGCAGCUGUGCACCUUCCUCCGCCGCAACGGCUUCGAAGACCCGGAGCUGCUGCGCUGCGUCCAAGAUAAUCAAAUGACUGGUUCACUGCUGCCCUACAUCACUGACUCUUACCUGGAAGAAAUGGGAAUUAGAACUCAGUCAUUGAGAACAACACUUCUGCACUGUUUGCGCAAGCUGGAACAAACUCGUACUGACAUAAUGAAGGUAUUUAAUGAUCCAAUUCAUGGCCAUAUUGAAAUGCAUCCUCUCCUUGUUCGAAUCAUUGAUACACCCCAGUUCCAGCGUCUACGAUACAUUAAACAAUUAGGUGGCACUUACUAUAUUUUCCCUGGAGCAUCACACAACCGCUUUGAACAUUCCCUUGGGGUUGGCCAUCUGGCAGGCCACUUGGUCCGAGCACUGCAGGAACGACAACCAGAGCUGUGUAUCAACCAGAGGGAUAUUUUAUGUGUCCAAAUUGCUGGCCUUUGUCAUGAUCUGGGUCAUGGGCCAUUCUCCCACAUGUUUGAUGGAAGAUUCAUCCCACUUGCGAAUCCAAAAUCCACAUGGAAGCAUGAAGAGGCUUCUGUGAAGAUGUUUGAGUACCUGAUUGCUUCCAAUGAGCUGGAAUCAGUCAUGGAGUAUUAUGGUCUCAGUCUGCCUGAAGAUAUAGAGUUUAUUAAAGAACAAAUAGGAGGACCCACAAAAAACCCCAAUGACGAUUCAUGGCCUUACUGUGGACGAUCAGAAGAGAAGAGCUUCCUGUAUGAGAUUGUGGCAAACAAAAGAAAUGGCAUCGAUGUAGAUAAAUGGGAUUACUUUGCAAGGGAUUGUCAUCAUCUUGGAAUCCAAAAUAACUUUGAUUAUGAACGCUUCAUUAAAUUUGCUCGGGUCUGUGAAGUAAAUAAAAAGAAGCAUAUUUGUACCCGUGAUAAGGAGGUUGGAAAUUUAUAUGACAUGUUUCACACCCGGAACUGCCUGCACCGCAGAGCUUAUCAGCACAAGGUUGGCAACAUAAUUGAAACCAUGAUUACAAAUGCUUUCUUAAAAGCUGAUAAGUAUAUCAAGAUAAAGGGCUCCAAAGGAAAAGAAUACCACCUCUCUACAUCAAUAGAGGAUAUGGAAGCUUAUACUAAGCUAACAGAUGACAUCUUUCUGACAAUUCUGCACUCUGAUCUCCCGGAGCUGCAUGAAGCACAGGAAAUUUUGCGUAAAAUAGAGCGCCGUGAUCUCUACAAGUACCUGGGAGAGACUCAACCUCCAGAGGGCAAGGAAAUAAAACAGGAGCAGUAUGAUAAAUUGCCUGCUGAAAUUGCUAAGUCUAAGCCAGCAACAGAAAAUCAGGAUGUUGGAUUGAAGACUGAAGACUUCAUAGUUGACGUUAUCAACAUGGAUUAUGGAAUGAAAGAGAAGAAUCCUAUCAAUAAUGUUCAUUUCUACUGCAAGUCUGAUAUCACUAAGGCAUUCAAAAUUACUAAAGGACAGGUCUCAAAGUUUCUGCCAGAGACAUUUGCUGAACAGUUAAUCAGGGUUUACUGUAAGAAAAUGGAUGAAAAGAGUAUUGAUGUUGCUAAAAAAUAUUUCGUUCAAUGGUGCAUGGACAAAGAUUUCAGUAAACCACGGGAUGGUGAUGUGGUUGCCCCUGAAAUUACUCCAAUGAAAGAAAGCUGGAAUCAGGAUCAAAGUGACACAAAUCAGCAUUCAGAGAAGCACAGGAGAGCUUCAAAAAAUCUCUUUUCUAACUGA